AUGAAUACCAUCAGCGAGGUCAACGGUCUGCCUUUCUACAAACCUAUCCCCGCGGAUAUCACCAUUAAUAACCAUCAAAACGGUGACAAGAGGAAAAUCUUCUUCCGGGAUGUCAACAUCUUUGACUCCACCGGAGCAGACCCGUACCUUGGCAAUGUCUUGAUCGAGGAAGAACGCAUUCAAAAGGUCGGCACAUUUGGCUUCACGCCCGAUGAGGAUACUCUUGUGAUCGAGGGAUAUGGCAAGAAGACACUUAUGAGUGGCUUGAUCGACUCUCAUACGCAUCUGAGCUGGAAUAACUCGCCGACUCUGGAUGGACUUACAAACCUCCCCAUCGAGGAACAUGUCUUACACACAGCAAAUUCAGCAAAGACUUACCUCGAUUGCGGAUACACAAUGUGUUUCGGAGCUGCCAGCGCCCAACCACGACUUGAUUUGGUCAUUAAGCAGGCCAUCAAGUCGGGCAUGAUUCCUGGGCCACGCACACUCGCCAAUUGCCAGGAGAUCUCCACGACCGGCGGAGCCAUCAUACCCAGCAUCACGCGCUUCGCGGAUGGGGAGGAUGCCAUGCGCAGGGCCGUGCGAGAUAUUAUCUCUCUCGGCGUUGAUAACGUUAAGCUCAGCAUGACGGGAGACUACAUUCACGAAACCAUGGGCUCUGAGGAGACGUACUAUACCUUGAAGGAGACCAAGGCCGCCGUAGAAGAAGCCCACAAUCGCGGCAAGCGUGUGUGUGCUCACGCACGCUCGGCAGCAUCCGUACGGCUCUGUGCGCUGAGUGGAGUCGACGUGAUCUAUCAUGCUUCUUUCACAGACAAUGAGACUAUCGACAUGCUCGAGAAGCUCAAAGACCGCAUAUUUGUCGCCCCGGCCAUCAACUUCCCCUGGGCUAGUUGCAACGGCGGUGCUACGCCAUACGGCCUCACUCCUGAAAUGGCGACAAAGAAGGGCCUGACAAGAGAAGUCGAAGUUACGUGCAAAGUGAUAAAGGAGAUGCACAAACGAGGGAUUCGAGUCCUUCCUGGGGGCGAUUAUGGGUUCGCGUGGGCUCCUCACGGCACCUAUGCUAAGGACCUUGCCCACUUUGUCAACUUGUUCGGCUACACCCCCAAGGAAACCUUGCUCGCUGCCACCGCUCUUGGUGGUGACAUGAUGGGACAUCCUGAGAGCCUUGGCAAAGUCCAGCCUGGCUAUUAUGCCGACGUCAUCCUCGUUGAUGGAAAUCCCCUGGAUGAUAUCGAGUUGUUCCAAGAUACGUCUCGAUUGCACACUAUCGUGAUUAAUGGUCAUGUGCAUAAGAAUGUUAUGCAGAGCAAAGAUGGGAAGACGUAUAUCAGGGAGGGAGUCCUCAAUGUAAGGACAGUAUAUAGCAACCUUCCGAAAAGCAGUUAA